UAGCGCAUGCGCAAAUUAGCUGAUGAAACGGCUCGCGCUACCGGUACGGAUCGGGUAGUGAGAAGGGCGCUUAUUUCUCUGCAGAGUUGCUUUCCCGUCAGAAGGUUGGAACACGGAUCUCGGAGAGAAAUAAACCAGGAUGAGUUUCUCCAUCCUUUACUCUCCUCCUCCAUCCCCCCACCCUGUUCCCGCUCCCCUCCCUGCUGGAUCCUGUGAGAUGCACUGCCCAGAGCUCGACCUGUCGCUCACUCUUAGCCCGGCCCCAAAGACUGACCACAGGCAACAGCAGCCCUGUCGGCCCAGGCAGAGUCAGCAGGGUGACCAUCUCCAGCCGAGGCUCCGCCCACGAGGACAGACUGGGAAGAAGAGGAACACAAAGGUGCAUUUUAAAAGGCCGGUUGUCAUAGUAACACCUGAACCACACGUUGUUCCUCAUCAGCAGCCUAUUAGAGCUAAGAGAAGAAGCUCAGAACAUCACCAGGGAAGCUGUUCUGUGGCUCCUCCUGCUGCAGCAGGUGUCCUGGAGCCAGGCAGUCUGAGGAAGCCAGAGUUGAACUCCACUCUGGCCCUGAAGGAGGAACUUCAGUCACUGCAGGAGGCAGAGUUUAAUUCCCAGAAAGCCCUCCAGGAGACUCUUCAGAAAUCAGGAAGGACCAAGACCCUGAUUAAUGCCAGAGCAACUGACGUGGUGAAUGUCUCCCGCUCCCAGCUCCUCUUCAGCUCUCUGGUGAGCGUCAGCGUACAGGAGGAUGAGCUGCUCAGCCAGGCGCUGCAGGCCAGGCUAAUGCUGGCCCCACCACCUUCCUUCUCCUGUGACAACAAGACGGCAGAGGGCCCCUCCCUCAACUGCUUCAUCACCUCUGACCUGUUCAGGCAAAAGCCCCUCCCACAAGAGGAGGAGCCAACCUAUUGCAAGCCUUCCCUAAUCCCAUGUCCAGCCGACUCCACCUUUGACCUGUACAGGAGACAGCGAUGCUGGGAGGCCACACCCUGACAUCAGACCCAUCAGUAAUUCCUGUUACAGUUUAGUAUAUCCUUAAAGCCUUUAUAAAUAUAUUUAUUCUUUAUGUAUUCUUAGAGGGAGUCUUGUAGUUUUCCAGUCAUGCAUUUAGCCUCAGGGCCAAUCAAGUCGUAUUAGUUAUUUAUUAAAACCAGAAAUUCAGCAAGUACUGGAAACAGAGAUGUUUUGCAAACAGUUCUGCUAAAUAUUCCAAGAGGGUGAAGAGCUCACUUUGGUUUAGCCGCUGCACUCAUGAGCCUCAGAGUGGAUCCAGUGGGGAGAGGGAUGAUUCAUAAGGACAGGCAUGGUGGGAUCAUUCUGAAUAUUGAAGGAUUUAAGAUUUAUUCUCUGAUACCUCUGUGUUAGAAAGUGCUCAUUGACAGUCUAAUGAAGGUUUGGGGUGUUUCUAAAUUCUUUUUGUAAUCUUCAUUUCAUUGUUUUUCUAUUUAAUAAAAAACGUUUUAAGAUCA